AUGCUGGUUUACUUUAGUGCCGUGCGCGGGUUGUUGACCCCUGACGGCGACGAAUAUCUCCAGCCUCACCGGUUUACUCCUAUCCUGGCGAGACUUAUAUACUGCUCCCGGCUGGUCUUUCUCGAGGCAGUGCUCCCGCGUUUCUCGCGAAGUUAUGGUGGCAUUGCGCGUCGGCCGUGUCACGGGCUGCUGCGAAGACUGAAUGCGGACCGACGAGAGUAUAUGUGCGAUGGCAUGCUAUCGCCUAUGGGAGAGUUCCUGAGUCUCCUGUCGUAUGGCAAUGCUCUUCGGCGGUCUCAGGGGUCGACCUUCCGCUUUCACUGGAGCGAUGACGGCGAGGUGCUCUCCUGGGAUGGCAACCAACAACUGUCGAGGUUAAACUUCCGCGGCCUAGCUCGUGAGGUACUAUGUUCGGCCACGGCAUCCUGCUCCCGUUUGAUGUAUGACUGGGAGCCUGCGCAUGCCGAUCUCUCGCAGAUCCGGGAUAGGCUAUCGAUGACGACACCGGGCUACUCCUUUGUAUCUGACCUUACUGUACCAAUUACCACUGACUUUCGCGAUCUAGAGCUAUUUAUGGAGGCAAAAGGCACCAAACUUCUGUUCAAAUACCCAGAUGCCCCAUCCGAUCUACUUGCGGUCAUGGACAGCUUUGACUACAAGCUGCACUACGUCCUAGACUUCUCCCACAUAUGCAGCGACUGGUUAUACAUCGAUGUGGGCAAAGAGACCUGCCCACCGUACAGCGACCCAGUAGCACGAGACAACAAUGCUUCGUCACACGAAGCUUAG